AUGCCAAAAAAAGAUACCCAUUUUUGUAUAAAAUGGUAUGAUAAACUUGAUUCUACAAAAAAACCAUGUUCACAUUGGCUUCAACAAGGUAAAACUCAAGGUACAUUUUUCUGUAUUGUUUGUAAUCAAGAAAAAAGUUGUAAAAAUGGUGGAUGGUCUGAUAUUUAUAAACAUUCACAACGACAAAAACAUCUUCAACAUCUUAAAAAUAUUAUUGAAUCAAAUUCAUUACAUCCACCAACAAUAUCAUCAUCAUCAUCGACUCAUCAAAUAAAUACAACAGAUGAAUCUAUAUUAACAUUUGAUGAAAAAGUAAUACGUGCUGAAACAUAUUGGGCAUUAGCAACGGCUAAACUUGGUUUUAGUUAUAAUUCAUCACAACAUAUUCAAGAAUUAUUUUCUCACAUGUUUUCUGAUAGUCAUAUAGUUAAAGAAUUUUCUUUAAAACCAAGAAAAUUAUCUUAUAUAUUAUCACAUGGUACAGGUUAUUAUUUUAAUAAAAUGAUGUUAAAUGAUUUAAAGAAAGCACCUGCAUUUACAUUAAUAUUUGAUGAAACAAUAACUGUUGGUGUACGAAAACAAUUAGAUUUAUAUGUUCGAUAUUGGUGUGAAAGUAAACAAGAAAUUGUUGUAAGAUAUUAUAAAAGUAUUUUUCUUGGUCAUGCAACUGCUGAAAUAGUUUUUCGAAAUAUAAUUGAUACAUUACAAGCUGAUGAAAUUAAUUUAACAAAAAUUUUAAUGCUUGGUAGAGAUAAUCCUAAUGUAAAUAAAACAAUUGAAAAAAUGAUGGAUCAAUAUAUUCGUCUUGAACGAGAAAAACAGUGA